GAGCGGAGGACAUGCGUGCAGUCGGGACGGGCACGUGGCUGAGCGUGUACAGGGUGCACGACCUUGCUGCCCUCGGACAAUACAAGUAUUCUGCCGUCGAUGACUCGUACCUCUCCCUCUGGAUCCUCAAUCCGUUCUGGACCUGGGUGGCCUCGUUCAUGCCGCCCUGGCUGGCACCUAACAUGAUCACUCUCAUCGGCUUUCUCUUCCCGCUGCUCUCGUACUGCCUCGUCUUUGCCACCGUCCCGCACUUUACAGACUCGCCGCCACCAUGGUACUGCUACCUCUUUGGCCUCGGCCUGUUCUUCUACCAGACCAUGGACAACGUCGACGGCAAGCAGGCGCGUGCGACUGGCACCUCGUCGCCGCUGGGCGAGCUGUUUGAUCACGGCUGCGACGCGGUGAACGUGGUCAUCACCGCAGUUGUCACCGCCGCCGUGCUCCGCCUCGGCUACGGCCUCGGCACCUUUGGUGUCAUCCUCAUGGGCGUCGUUCCCUUUUACUUUGCGUCGUGGGAAGAGUACCACACCGGCACCCUCUACCUCGGCGUUAUCAAUGGUCCGACCGAGGGCAUUAUCGGCGUCGUUGGCGUUGCCCUCGCCUCGGGCUACUUUGGCUCGGACUUUUGGCUCUUACCGGCCCGCGACGUCCUGCCUGGCCCCGCUCUCGCCGCCCUCGACGCCAUCGGCGCUGGCGGCUGGGCCCUCAACGAAGUUGGCGUUCUGUGCUUCUCCGCCCCAGUUAUCUUUACCGUCGCCGCGUCGGUCGUCUCGGCGGUGAGGAAGACCAAGAAAGGCUCCGGCCUCGCCCUCGCACAGCUCAUUCCCUUUGCCGUCUACGUGCUGAGCUGUGGCGUGUGGGUCGUGAGCGCAGAGGUCUCCGACGUCUCGGACGCGCCGGACAUUGUCCAGCCGCUGGUUCACUACACCGUCAUGACCCUCGUCUUUGGUGAACUCGUCGGGCGGGUCAUCACCGCGCACCUGCUCAAGCUUCACUUUCCGGUCUACGGCUCACCGGUCCUUCUCAUCCCGAUUGCGCUCGCAGCCAACUCGGCCGCGCUCCACUGGGUCGCCGACCGUGGCGCCGCCCAGGCUGCCCUCGUCGUCGCCGCCUUUGCCUACCUCCACUUUGUCCUCCACGUCAUUUCGGGCUUUUGCGCCCAUCUCGACAUUCCUGUCCUCACCAUCCCCAAGGCUAAAGCAUAGCGCGCGACUCUACUUUACUCUUCGCUGCCGCCGCCAUCCUCCUCGUCCUCCUCGUCCUCCUCAUCCUCGUCGUCCUCCAUAUCAAGGAGGGCGACCUCUCCGGAGCAGCCCACAACCGCGCCAACGC